CAUUUACUUGUAGGUCAAUUUAGUCCAAAUUUUGCUCAUAAAAUGCUUCCUCAAAGGGGCAGGGGCUGAGCCCCCUCGUCCCAGUGGAUACGCCCCUGCAUUGCGCGCAUGUGCGCAUCUGUGAGCAUGCAGCUGCGCUCAGCAGAUACCUUGGAUAGCUCCACACAAACAGGCGCAACGAGGAGGAGGAGGAAGUUCACCUGUGAGCUCGCGCUCUUCAAAAACAUCCACUGCUUCUCCACUCUUGUCAGUUUGGACCACUUUCAUCAGCCUCCUCUGUGGUUUCUGGUCACUCCUCUUCUCCUGAACUGUUUUUUGCCUCCAAACCGGACAUGGAGCAAUAGAUCCGCGUCUUUUUUGGAGCUCAGAGGACCGUCUGUUCGCCCCCCCUCCUGCAGGAGCUGGAGAGAUGCCCCGCGGGGCAGGAUGUGCUCCAGCCGCAAGAUCCUGUGGAGCCUGUUCGUGCUCUCCUUGUUGGAAGUGGGCUUGGGAGUGGCGAGCAUCGUCCUGGGCGCCGUGGGCAUCAGCUGGGUUCGAGGGGAGCACAAGCCCCGGCAGGGCGACGCGUCCCCGGUCUGGAGCGGACUCUGUUUUCUGGUCUGUGGGAUUUGUGGAGUGCUGUGCGCCCGAAGGAGGACAGGUCUUAUUAUGAUCCUGUUUUCUGCAUGCUGCAUCUGUGGUCUGAUUGGAGGGAUUCUCAACUUCCAGUUUGUCCGGGCUUUGAGCAAACAGCCGGACAAAAUGCAUCUGGCUGCCAUGACUUUGGCCUGUCUAGGUAUCUCCUCCUGUACCCUGUCAACAUGGCUGACCUGUCGGCUGGCCAGCUCUGAGCAGCAGAGGAUGUUCAUGGAGAGGGAGCACUCGCUGCACCACUCACAUGAGAUGACAGAGAAGGAGGUUCUCGACAGCUCGAGCAACGGCGUUCCUCAGAUCUCCUAUAAUGGACACAUCGCUGCAUCGCCAUGACGAUUUGUCACAAGAGGCCACUUGCUCACACUGAAACAGACAGUUACUGAAGUACCUGCUGUCAGAUCCAGCUUGUACAAACCCUGUACCCUGACUUCAGGCCAGCCAGGUUCUACAUCUAUUGGAACUUCCUUUCUUUCCUGUUUCCUAAAGGAAGACAGGCAGCAUGGCGACAGCUUUUGUGCUUCUGAAUUAUUAUGCAAACGUGGGUUCACGUGGACCCUCUCAACUCAAACCAAAGCCAGGCUGAUGGUGAGAAGACAAAUGUCUGCAUCUGAGUCCAACCCCAACGACUUUCAGAACACAACGUAAGCAUGCAGCUGAUCCGUAUGUCUGAGGGAGUUUCUAUGUUUCUACCAGACACUCAUUGACCUCGUACAGGUUAAUGAAAUGCAGCUUGCAAUAGCCGAACCGUAUGUAUCAUCUGGAAAUGGAACGCAUAGAUGUGAAAACAGAGUGACGCUCUAUGAAAUGUUCUGUAUAUCUAUGCUUGUACUUCAGGUAACUAUAAA